AUGGAUUUAAGUACCAUCACCUUCCUCUUGCCGAACUCAUCCGAGGAUACUAACGGCACAAGCGCGCCAAGGCUGCCACCGCACUCACAGUGCGCGUCGGUGCUCAUCGUUCUCGUGGUGACCGUGAUUAUUUUGGUGACCAUCGUGGGGAACGUGUUGGUCGUGGUGGCCGUGUUUACCAGCCGCGCUCUGCGCGCCCCACAGAACCUCUUUCUGGUCUCUUUAGCGGCUGCUGAUAUUUUGGUUGCCACUUUGGUCAUUCCGUUCUCCCUGGCCAACGAGGUGAUGGGCUACUGGUACUUUGGAAGUACCUGGUGUGCUUUCUACCUGGCUUUGGACGUGCUUUUCUGCACGUCGUCCAUUGUUCAUCUCUGCGCCAUAAGUUUGGACAGAUACUGGUCGGUUACCAAAGCGGUCAGCUACAACCUGAAAAGAACUCCGCGGAGAAUAAAGAUCAUGAUCACGGUGGUGUGGGUCAUUUCAGCGGUUAUUUCCUUCCCACCACUUCUCAUGACCAAGCACGAUGAGCUUGAGUGUUUGCUAAACAACGAGACCUGGUACAUCCUUUCCUCCUGUAUCGUGUCGUUUUUUGCACCGGGUCUUAUUAUGAUUUUGGUGUACUGCAGGAUCUACAGGGUGGCCAAACAGCGCGCGUCCACUGUUUUCGUGGCCAAGAACGGAAUGGAGAGGCAGCCGUCGCAAUCCGAGACCUGCUUCGUGCGUAAAGGCAAGUCCGAGGUGGAGAGCCCCAGCAGCCACAGCUCAGGCAGCCGAGAGCGCAAAGGUGAACUCGACGACAUCGACCUGGAGGAAAGCAGCGUCUCCAACAGGCACAGGAACUCGCGUUUCGCCAAGAGCAGGAAAGUGGAGGGCGCGCAAUCGUGCCCAAAGCCCAACGGGCGGCUGUCGUGGGCUUGCAGCCGCGCGUCGGAGCUCGAGCAGGAGCCGAGGGCGCGUCAGCUGUCUUUGUCCAAAUCCAAACUGGCACAGAUGCGAGAGAAGCGCUUCACCUUCGUGCUGGCGGUGGUGAUGGGGGUGUUCGUGCUCUGCUGGUUUCCUUUCUUCUUCACCUACAGCCUUCACGCCAUAUGCCGAAAAAGUUGCACAAUACCGGACUCUCUGUUCAAUCUCUUUUUCUGGAUUGGUUACUGUAACAGCUCAGUGAACCCCAUCAUUUACACCAUUUUCAACAGAGACUUUAGGAAAGCGUUCAAGAAGAUAAUGUGCCGACAUUCUACACGCACGUAA